AUCCAUUCCGUGGCGGAGCAGCAGCCAGUAGCGGAACACGGAGCUCCGGCAUUUAAAAAAAACUACAAGGUGCAUAAGCUGGGCGACUUACUUACGCGCUUGUGCUUUUUAAUGCGGGAAUAGAAACAAACUGAAUGUAGAUACUGGUGAACAUAAAAUCGCAAGGAAAAGGGGAUCUAAUUACUUAUAUUCGUCCAUGCGAAUAAUGGCAACAAACUUUGCGUAAAGUACCAGGGUCGACGAGUGGGCUCUGAGGGAAAGGACGGUUGAAUGGGGACGGACGCAGAUCUGUUUCAGAAACCGGGACUUCUUGAAUGAUACGUUUUUUUUUCCAUCUUUUUUCCAACUUGGGGAAGGUGGUGGAAAGUCGCGUGGCUUCUUUGUGUAUAGCAGCUGCUGUUAAAUGCAUGGGCAAACACUGCGGCUUGGCAUACAGAUAAGAGUUAUCGAAGGGAAGCUUUGAACGCUGCCAGUCAGUGUUUGAGUUCAAACCGAUUGCUGGACAACAGCUACCGCUGCAAGAGGAUUAAAACUGCAUAUACUACACCCUCCCCACGCGUUAUAUCGUACCUCUUCUGCUCACCGUCCCGACAAAAGAUUGCGGGAUUCUCUUACCAACUCCAUACGCGUGGAUUGUAAAGUAGGCAAAAAAACACAGAAAGCGAGCCUAAUACCUUUUUAAACUGAGCGAGGUCGCCAGAAUUGCUACUUCUCUUCCCAAAACAUCAUGGAUGUAAGGUUUUAUCCGUCAGCCGGUGGAAAUCCUAUCCCCGGAGAUCCAUCCAACCUGAAUUUUUCCCACUGCUUGGGUUACUACAACUACAACAAGUUUGGGAACCAUAAUAACUACAUGAACAUGGCUGAAGCAAACAGUGGCCUCCUCUCAGCAGGGGAUCAAACGUUCCACACCCCCAGUCUCGGAGAUGAAGAGUUUGAGAUCCCGCCCAUCACACCCCCACCUGAGGCAGAGCCGGGCCUGGGAUUGACGGAGGCAGAGUCGUCACCCUUCCCUGGGCUCCCAGAGGUGCCGCCCUCGCAGAGGUCCCAGUUCACCCCCCACUUCCCACCUCAGAGCCUCGAUUUGCCGUCCAUCACCAUCUCCCGCAACCUGCUGGAGCAGGACGGCGCUCUGAAUGCCAGCCUUCCAGUGAAUAUUGGCCAGUCCCACCUUCGGCAGUACCACUCCAGUCCUUCAAUGGUUAUGCGGUCAAUCAUCAACAUGAACAACCCUUCCGGCAUGAUGUCAAGAAACCAGCUGACUACUAUCAACCAAUCCCAGCUGAGCGCUCAGCUGGGCCUAAACAUGACCAUAGCUAACAUUCCCCACACCUCCCCCUCGCCUCCUGCCAGCAAGUCUGCCACCCCUUCUCCUUCCAGUUCCAUUAACGAAGAGGACCCCGAUGAAAGUACCAGGGUAAUUGGUGAGAAGCGUCCCGCCCCUGAUGCCAGCAAAAAACCAAAGACGCCCAAGAAGAAGAAGAAGAAGGACCCCAAUGAGCCCCAGAAGCCGGUCUCUGCCUACGCCCUCUUCUUCAGAGACACCCAGGCGGCCAUCAAGGGCCAGAACCCCAACGCCACCUUCGGCGAGGUGUCCAAGAUCGUGGCCUCCAUGUGGGACGGCCUGGGGGAGGAGCAGAAGCAGGUCUAUAAAAGCAAGACAGAAGCUGCCAAGAAGGAGUAUCUGAAAGCCCUGGCAGCUUAUCGUGCCAGUCUGGUGUCAAAGGCGGCUGCGGAAUCGGCAGAGGCACAGACCAUCCGAUCGGUCCAGCAGACGCUGGCCUCUACCAACCUCUCCCCCUCGCUGAUGCUCUCGGCUCCCAUGGCGCAACACCCGUCCAUGUCGGCUGCCACCCAGGCCCUGCAGCAGGUGCUCCCGCGUGCCAUCGCCCCCAAGCCACUGCCAAUGCGGCUGGCAGGCGGCCCCGUCCCGGGCUCUGUGGCUGGAGGGGUGCCGCAUGGCAUGCCCUCGCAGCUGAUUGGCCAGAUGGGCGCCGGGACGCCGGGGAACGCCCCUCCCUCUGCGGUCACCCAGAUGAGCCCGCCCAUGCAACCGCAGCAGCAGCAUCACCACCAGAUGCAGCAGCUGCAGCAGCACCUGCACCAGCAGCAGCUGCACCACCAGCAGAUUCAGCAGCAGAUGCAGCAGCAGCAUUUCCAGCAGCACCUGAAGCAGCAGCUGCAGCAGCAUCACAUGCAGCAACAACAGCAGCAGCACGUCCAGCAGCAGCAGAUGCAGCAGCUGCAGCGCAUGCAGAUGCAGCAGCUCCAUCAGCAGCAAAUGCAGCAGCUUCAACAGCAGCAGCAGGCGUCCCAGUGUUCCCCGCCCCAGCAGUCUCCAGGCACCCCGCAGUCUGUGGGGGGCUCCACCUCCCUUGGCAGCCCCCAGCCUCCCCCCCAGCAGCAACACCAAUCCCAAAUACAGUCCCACUCUCAGGCCCAUGCCCAGGUCCUGUCCCAAGUUAGCAUCUACUGAACCAUAAUCUAUUUCAUUAAAAAAAGGAAUUUAACUAAAAGCACCAGUCCUGGCUGCUUUUCUAAGUUGCACUUAAGAAGUGUGUAAGGUAUGUUUUACGAUGAACUUUCCACUGUUGUAGAUGGAUAUGCAGAAAUAUGCAUAAAGGAACAAAUAUCAGAGAUGGAUUUUGUCUAUAAAAUAGGCUGUAUAAUGAAAAGGAGUUUUUGGGCGACUGCCUAGUUGCUCAUUUUUCUCUCUCUCAUUUUCUCAUAACCUUCAGCUGAAAAUGGACCCGGGGCGCCACUGUGUUAAAACAUGCUGUAAUGUUCACAGGGAAAAUGCCCCAUAUUAUUUAAAGGCUUUAUUCAUAAGCUUCACACCGUCAGUUUUGCUCUGAGGAUGGGCAAAACCGGUGGAUCUGAAGAGCAUCAGCGGAACUUAAAAAUCAGUGCGGGCAAAGCUUGCUGCAUAUUAAACCUUCAAAGAAACAUUUUAAACUCCGGAGGGGACUUUUAGACUCCGACGACUUGCAGUUCUGGAAAGCAGUAACCGGUUCAUGAUCCAUAAGAGGCCAGUGUGUUAUGGGGGCAAUCUGCCACCCCCUUUCCCUGGUUAUGUUUGUUUAGUUCUGCUUGCCCUUGUCUAUACGGAGCCCCGGAUCAUAAUAUGUUGCCACUGAUGCAGGUGGACACGUGUUUGGGGUGCUGCGAACACCAAGUGUGAACCUAAAGGACCCCAAAAUAUCUGGGGAGGGGGCUUGGUUCAGAGGACGAGGUUGAUAAAGGGCGAAAAUAAACAAAACCAUAGACCAAUUCACGUCAUUGUGUGUCUUUAAACUGUAAUGGACUCUGCUCUAUGUGUCUGUGACUGAGGGUAGGGAAAUAUCCCUGAAACUCAUCCAUGCAAAAGAAUACACAGUGUACAAACGGCACUCCAAAAAAAAAGGUAGGGGAAAAAAAGGAAGAAAUCACCCUUUGAAGUAUUUGUCCUUACCUCAGGCUUUUAACAUGCUCAAAAAUUGUUUUUUUUUAUUUUAUUUUAUUCAUGUUGUCUAAUAAAGUGAAUAUUUUAUGGUUAGUGUAAAUGGCAGGAUUUAGGUUGAAGCUGUCAUUAUUUUUCACCAUCCCAUGAUUAACAAAAAAAUUAAAAACGAAAAAAAAAAAAUUAUUGUGAUGAAUUUAUUCUGCCACGUUGUCGGAGGCGUCAGAAAUGAGGGUGGGAUGUUUGUGCCAGUUAUAAAGAAGCCUGUAAGAAUGGAAAGAGCGAAGAUGUACAUUUUUCAUAUCAUAUGUUCUAAAGUUUUAAGAUGUGAGGCUUUAAUUAAAACAUUGGUAAAAUUACCUGUGGAUUGCUACAUCGCAUAGUGUAUUUCUGCUGUUUUGUACUUUUUUAUGAGUUACAAUAGCAGUAAUUAAGUCGUUUGUAUUUUGCUUACAGAAAACGAAUUCAACUGCCUUUUAAAUCUGUCUAUAGAAUAAAUGCAUUUCAGUAUAAAACUCUAUCUGUUUUUGAGCUCUUAAUAGGCAAAUUUAUUGAGUUUUGCUUGGUCAAUGAAGUAAAAGAACAUUCCAUCAGUUAUAUUAGCCAUAAUUUUGUAUGAAGCAUUAUAUUUCUCAGUGUCCACUUGUUUUCAAUUAAAGACGAUAACAAAUGUUUA